AUAAGCAGCGCUAUAUAUAUACGCUACACAUUCGGGAGGAAAAUCGCGCACAGUUCAAGUCGAUUAAUUCUCGUGCAACGAAUAUUUCAUCGGGCGACAACAAUGUUACCGAUCCUUCUUCUGUCACUUCUGGCGUCCGCCAGCGCAUUGCCGUAUCUCUCGAUAGACCAGCUUCCGGAAUAUACCUCAAACAAAAUAGAAAAAAUCCCGUAUAUCAAGGAAUUCGAUGAUCCGGAAUUUUGGAGAUCCGUACAGAGCGAGUAUGGGUCGGUUACUACUUUGGAUCUAGUCCACAGAGAGGGUUACAAUGGUGAGCUGCAUAAAGUGACCACUAUCGAUGGUUACAUCUUGGAGAUGCAUCGAAUAACAGGGCGAGCAAAUUCUGGCAAUUCACAAGCGGAAAAACCCGCAGUUCUUUUAAUGCACGGCCUUCUGUGUUCCUCGGCCUGUUGGGUUGUUACCGGACCAGAGAAAAGCUUAGGUUACAUUUUGGCGGAUGCCGGCUACGAUGUCUGGCUUGGCAACACACGGGGUAAUACAUAUACACGCGAGCAUUCGUUCCCAGAUAUUGAAGAUGAGGUCUUCUGGAAUUUCAGUUUUCAUGAGUCGGGCAUGUACGAUCUUCCAGCCAUGAUAGAUUACAUUGUAAAAGCAACUGGUCAAGAAAAAAUUAUUUAUAUGGGACACAGUCAAGGAACUACCACUUUCUUCGUCAUGGCAUCGGAACGACCUGAGUAUCAGGACAAGAUUAAAGUAAUGUUCGCGAUGGCACCGGUCGCUUAUUGCGGCAGAAUGGACAAUCCCAUUUUUCAAUUUCUCUCAAGAUUCUCUGGCCCAUUAGAAAAACUGAUGAAAUUAAUCGGCAUGAACGAAUUUAAACCUACGGGCGAAAUCAUGAGACAUUUCGCGGAACUCGUGUGCGAUAAAGACGCCAUCACGCAACCAUUAUGUUCGAAUAUAAUGUUUUUAAUAGCUGGAUUCAACGAAGAGCAACUCAACAAGACUCUUAUACCAAUAAUCGUGGAGCAUGCACCGGCUGGCGCAUCCACGAAGCAAAUUAUGCAUUACGCUCAACUUAUUAAGAGCGGGUUUUUGUCAAUUACAUCGGGCAAAUUUAGACAAUACGACUACGGACUCGCUGGCAAUUUGAAAAAAUACGGUUCGAUUCAUCCUCCGAAUUAUAAUCUAGGAAAAAUCAAACUGCCCGUUGUACUGCAUUAUGCCACCAACGAUUGGUUAGCCCACGUCAACGAUGUCAACAAAUUAGAGAAGGAGCUUGGUAAUGUGUACGGCAAGUUCCGCGUGCCACAUGACAAAUUCAAUCAUAUUGACUUUAUGUGGGCCACAGACGUCAAAGAACUUUUAUACGACAAAAUGUUAAGCUUGAUGACGCGUUUCUAAAUGAACUAUGGGAGUUCAUUGGAAUUUUAAAACUUUACAGAGAAAAAAUUUUACAAGAAAUUAAUUCUGUUUAUCGGAGGAAUAUUGGGAUUCAUAUUUUUGCAUUUGUUAUCGAACUAUCGACUUGAGUUUUCAAUGUAUUACAAAGAUUUAUUCAGGAAUUUUUUGCUCAAAAUAUUGCUUGCGUGUUCGUAAUGUUUCAAAUUCGCGAUUUAAAAAUUAGCGAGAUAUCACAUUUUUUCCACUUGAAUUCCUGGAAAAAAUUUGUAAUUAGUGAUAUAAUUGUAAAUAAUUUUAAAUGUAGAUUUAAUUAUUGACACAGCGAUUGUAAAAUAAUCUUAUCUCAAUACUUACCGAGAUAUUAUAUUAUAUCAUCUAUUAUUUUAAUUUCAAAUUAUCAAACAUAAUGUAAUAAGUUACAUAUUUUACAGCUUCUGAAAUCAUUUGUAAUAUAGCAAAACUUAUUUUAAUUUGUAAAUAAUUUUAAAAGACUGAAAGAUGUAUAUGUAAAUAUGUAUUAAAAUUAGUAAUAAGACUACGAUGUUACAUAUCGUUAAUUGGUUUCUACAACAUAAAAAUUUCAAUAUAGCAUUAAACUAAAUAAAAAAUGUGUAAAUAAAUAUGUAAAUAUAUCAAUAUUAUCAAUUACAAAUAAACAAUUGAAGAAA